UUCAAUGUUUACAUUUUUAAUUUUUAAAAAAAAGUACCGCUGUCUUACCCUUCGAACAUGUUCUAUGUUCCCUUGAUUUUAGCGGCAAAACAUAAGUUUAAACAAAAUUUUAAUUAUGGCCCAAAAAGUACAUAAAGCACUUAAUUUAGACCAAAAGUCACAGAGAAAAUUCAUUGAAUUUUACACAAAAGAAUUACAAUCAACCUCCAAAGAUGCGAGAAUAUUUCAUGCUUUUGAAAGAUCCGAUUUUUAUUCAAUUCAUGGAAAUGAUAUAGACAUUGCGCUGAAAACAUCGUUAAAAUCAUCGAUUAUAACAAAGAUUAUGGCUCCAGAUGAUAGCAAGUUGACACUUAAAUAUGCUUCUCUCAAUAAGAAUUUGAUGGAGAGACUUAUUCGUGAGCUAUUAUUAAUACACUUUUAUAGAGUUGAGGUCUAUACAUGCAAGAAAGAUGAGUAUGUACAAGCUUUUAAAGGUUCGCCUGGAAAUCUAGUGCAAUUUGAAAAUUUGCUAUCUAACUCGUCACACCAAUCAACUGAUGUCUUUUCAAACUUGCUUGUUUCCAUUCAAGUCAUAACAUGCAAUCAGCAAAAAAAAGUAGCUGUCUGCUCAAUGGAUUCAGAUGAAUUUAUAAUUCAAGUUUCUGAAUUUGAUGAUACAGAUUUUUUUAUGGAAUUAGAGGCAGCAAUGGUAAUUUUAUCUCCAAAAGAGGUAUUGUUACCCAAAAUUACUGGCGAGUACUCGAAAAUUAAAGACAUCAUGGAUCGAAACAGCGUAUUAGUGACACUUUUAAAAAAAUCUGAUUUUCAAAAAAAUGCAGAAUUCUUGCAAGAUUUAGAGAAAAUUCACAAGUUCAAGAAAGGUCAGCAACAUAACAUUCAUUCAAUUGCCGAAGUGAAGCUUGAUAAUGCAAUGGAAUGUUUGGCAGCAACACUAAAGUACUUGGAAACCGUUAAAGAUGAAACAAACUUGGGAAAAUAUACAAUAAAAACUCUGAACUUGAAUCGCUUUCUCCAUCUAGAUACUGCAGCGUUUAAAGCGCUUAAUUUAUUCCCAGUUCCUGGAAGUAUCUAUUGUUCAACAACAAGUAAGAAUCAAUCAGUAUUAGGCGUUUUAGAUAGAUGUAAGACAACACAAGGAAAAAAACUUCUUCGUCAAUGGAUCAAACAACCUCUUAAGAAUUUAGAUAUGAUUAAAGAGCGACUUGACAUUUUGGAAUGUUUUGUUGAAAAUCAAGAAGCCCGUUCAGUUCUUCAUAAUGAAUUUUUGAAUACAAUGCCAGACGUUCUAAUGCUUACCAAUAAAUUGUCAAGAAAACGUGCAAAUUUGAUCGAUGUAUACAAAAUAUAUUGCGUAAUUUCACGAUUGCCUGAAAUUAUAAAAGUAUUAAAAACACUCGGCUGUAAUGCUAUAAUCUCUACAAUGGUUUCGCCACUAAAAGAUAUGAUGCAAGAUUUAAAGAAGAUUCAAGACAUGUUUGAGGAAGUAAUUGAUGCUGAAAAUCUUAAAAAAGGAGACUAUUUAGUCCGAUCAUCCUUUGAUGAUGAUUUAAAUGAUAUUAAACAGAAUAUGGAUAGCCUUGAAGAAAAACUUGCAAAAGAAACGAAAAGUUCAGCAAAAUUAUUAGGAUUGGAUGUAGGGCUAAAAUUAGACUACAUUUCGCAUUUGGGAUUUUAUCUGAGAACAACAAAAAAGGAAGACAAAAAUGUACGAAAACAUUCUAAAUUCUUAGUUAUUGACACUGCUCGUGGAGGUUUACGAUUUACAACAGAUCUUAUAAAGGGCUUAAACGAAGAGUAUUCAGUUCUAAAAGCAUCAUAUGAAGAACAACAAAAAAAUAUCGUUGGAGAAAUUUGUCGGAUUGUUGCUGGAUAUUCAACUCCAUUAAUGAAUCUCAAUCACAUUAUUGCACUGCUAGAUUUGUUUUUAGGUCUUGCAAAUGUCGUACAAAAUUCACCAGGCUGUUAUGUACGUCCGCAAAUGUUCCCUGCAAGUGAGCGAGUUUUACAAGUUGAUGAAUUACGCCAUCCUUGCCUUGAAUGUCAGGAUGAUGUUCAGUAUAUUCCGAACAGUGUUGAUUUAAAAGUCGAUGAAAACGAACUUUUAAUUAUUACUGGUUCAAACAUUUCUGGAAAAAGCACGUAUAUUCGAAGCAUUGGAUGUGCUGUUCUUUUAUCGCAUAUGGGAAUGUUUGUGCCAUGCGAAAGUGCUAAGAUAUCUAUUUGUGACUCCAUUCUUGCACGCAUUGGCGCAACUGAUGAUAUUCAGAAGAAUUUAAGUACAUUUGCAGUUGAAAUGGUUGAGACUGCAUCCAUUUUAAAAUCAGCUACGAGCAAUUCUUUGGUUAUAAUUGAUGAACUUGGACGUGGUACAUCUACAUUUGAAGGAUUAGGAUUGGCAUGGUCAAUUUCCGAAUAUUUAGCAAACACUACGAAAUGUUUUACACUUUUUGCAACUCAUUUCCACGAGAUAACAAAUCUAGCUGAUUCGCUACCAAAUGUUAAGAAUUAUCAUCUAGCAUCUUUAGUUGAAAAUGAUAAAUUGACACUGCUCUUUAAAGUCAAACCAGGUCCGAUGAUUAAAUCUUUUGGAAUACAAGUUGCAGAUAUAGCACAGCUUCCAAAGAGUGUAGUCACAACUGCAAAACAAUAUCUUAGUGAACUCGAAUGUAGUGACUUUAUUAGCGCAAGUGAUCCUCAGAGAUGCUUGAAGAUUGAUGCCUAUUUAGAAAUGAUCAAAAAAGACAAGUCUUUUGAUUUCAGCUUACUUGCAUCAUUGUUCUAAAGCUAAGAUUGAAUAAAUCCUCAUUAAAGAAUAUUUUCAAAAGAAAUUAACAUUAUAAAGGUUUUUUAUAUCAGCCGAUGUUGGAUUUUAAUUUUUAAUCAGGUUUAGCGUAGAAUAAAGAUUAAUACUCCUUAAUAAAGAAAAUUGUUACAAUGUGAUAUUUGCUUUAUUUUAUUUUCUAUCGUUUGCUUUUUUUAUUCAAUCAUGGUCGUUGGAAUUGUUUUAUUUUUUUA